AUGAUGAUAUCGAGACCAUCAUCCAUUGUGGAAGAGGCAAAAACCACCCUAAGGCAACAGAACAUGGCCUUCUCUAUAGUCGUAACUUGGGAUAAGGAGGCUAGAACUAAGGGCCAGAAUCAUUUCCCCCGAAAAUCAGGCCAAGGUAAAGAUCAGCCUUUCCCCAGACUACCCAAGAAUCGGGAAUGGGAGCAGAAGGAGAUAAUUGUAACUGGCGCAAAUAUCAAGCUUCGAGCACUUAGAGAUUUUUCUAGUUUAAACGUUCAAACGGUGAGCAGAAGGCCGGAUGUCGACUAG